AUGUCCUUCCUCAACCUCAACCUCUCCUACCAAAGCAUCCACUUCCGCCACCCCUCCUCUUCUUCUUCCUCUCCCAUCCACCUGCCCACUCUCCCCUCCGGCAUCAGUCGUUCCUUCAUCCCCACUGCCCUCGGCGACCUCGAAAUCGUCCAUACUUCCCCUUCCCAACAAUCCCAACCAGCCCUCUUCUUCAUCCACGGCGGCAUGGGUUCCGCCUCCGUCUGGCUCGAAUACCUCUCCUUUUUCUCAGCAGCACUACAGGAACAACAAAUCCCUUGCUACGCCGUGUCAAUGAGAGGUCACGGAGGGAGUUGGUACCCUUCUUACCUAAGGAUGGUGUACGGGACUACGAAGGGGGAUUUGGCGGGGGAUGUUGUAGAGGGGAUUAAGUGGGCUGCUGAUAGGGAGCGGGAACGACGAAAAGUAUGGGAAGGGGAAAGGAGGAACGCAGAUAAUGUGGAGGAGAGAGAGAACAGGGAGGUGGAAAUGAUACUAGUAGGCCACUCAAGCGGCGGCGGACUAGCGCAGUAUAUCCUCAGCGCAGGCCUUCUCGACGGCUUGGGAGUCAAGAUAAAGGGGUUGGUGUUGAUGGGUGCUGUUCCUGGGUUUGGGUCCCUCCCCGUCUACCUAAACUGGUUCCGCCUCGAUCCCCUCUUCACCCUCCGCAUGAUCCUUCACGGCUGGCACCCCAACUCUCCGCUCUCCCAUCCUUCCUUGGUCCGGCGGAUUUUUUUCAGCGACCAACUGCCCGAGUCUUAUCUCUUGAGGUUCAUGUCGUUUAUGAAUCGCUAUGAGAGCUUUCUUUGGCCGUUGGGGGAUGGGUUGGAGGUUCGUUGA